UUGGCCACCUCUAUCCCUAAUCCCAAAUUCCCAACGAGCAACCUCAAACACUCGGUGGCGCUCAACUCAAAUUCGAAUUUUCAAGAAAAAGAAAAAAAAAAAACCCUCGCUUCCAUUUUCUCUGCUCUCCCCAAUCUCGAUCGACCUCCAAUCCGAAUCCCUCCGGCCGACGAAAUGGCUCCCAGGAAAGCUGCCGCCGCCGGAGGCAACGACCAAUUCCCGACGCUCAAGCUCAUAAUGGAAAAGGGCCCGCUUUCGGGCCAAACCAAAGACUUCAAUCCCCGAAUCCAGAUCCGCAUAGGCCGGCUCGUUCGCGGCAACACUCUGUCCAUCAAGGACGACGGCAUCUCCUCCAAGCACCUCCUCAUCGGAGUCGAUCCCGCCGCCUGUGGCUGGGCCGUCACCGACCUAGAUUCGUCUAACGGCACGGUGCUGAACGGCGAGCGCCUCAAGCCGUUGGAGCCAGCUACUCUUUCCGACGGUGAUGUCAUCAAAAUCGGCGAGCAGACUUCAAUUAAGGUCAAGUUCGAAGCUAGUGCUGACGAGACUGAGGUCAAUACUUCUCGGAAUGUGAGGAGGAACGCACGUCGGGGGGUGAGGAAGCAAGUGGAGGAAUUGGGGGUGAUAGACGAGGAUUCAGAGUUAGGGUUUGAGAUUGAAAAUGAGAACAAUUUGGGGCCUGGGGUUAGAAAUGAGAAAAAUGUUGAUUUGGGGAUGAAAGGUCUAAAAUUUGAGGUUGUUGAUGAGGAAAACAUGAGAGGGCGAAGGACUCGUGGUUCGAAGGCUAAAGAACUCGAACAUGUGAGUAAAGAAGAAACCGAUAGCAUGGGGAAAGUAAGUUCAAGGAGGACGCGAAAUUCUGAGAAGAGCAAAAAUGUGGAGAAUUUAAUACAGGAUAUGAAUUUAGACAUGAACAACAAUUUGGAGCCUAGUGGGGUGAAAUGUAGCGAAAGAGUGAGCAUGAGGAGGACCAGGAGUUCAAGAAAGGAAGGUAAUAUAGGCGAUCCUUUAAUAGAUUUGAGCGUUCUUGAAAGCAAAAGGCCACAAAAGGGUACUAGAGGAAGGAAAAAUAUACUAGUAGAGGCUCCUUUAGAUGUAAAAGAGAAGGAAGUGCCAAAUUUGGAGGAUCAAGAAUUGUCUGAUGAAGAGAAAGUAAUGUCAGAAGUUGAAGUAGACAAGCUGUUAGAGAGUGAAACUCGUGAGAGAGAAAAUGCUACUGCAUUUGCUAGCACGUCUGGUGUCAAAGAUAAUGGGGUCAGUGUUGGAAUUGGUGAGAUGGUGCCGGAUUUGGAGAAAAUGACGUUGGGUGAAUGGUUUGAAUUCUUGGAAGCCUAUCUUCCCAAACAAAUUAUUGAUGAGACGGAGCAGAUGAUAUCUGAGAUGAGGAAAAAGGCGGAGAGAGCAUGGUGCAAUUGCCCUGCCUGUAAAGCUGUCUGCAUCUGCAAGAACUCUCUGAAGUAUCCAUCAAAGCCAUCGACCGUGAAAAUCGCGGGUAGGCCGCCUCAAGAAUGUUCGACUCCUCAGCCACCUCAACAUCUUCUGCUCGUUUGCUCCGGGGACCUGGUUAUUGUGGUGGCUGCCGGCCAUAGACUCGGAGGUUUAAGGUGCACGAAGAUUGACCAUUGGCCCUCAGAUCGCCUGAAAAAAAGGAAUGGUGAUGAUGUUGAUGAUGAGGAUGACAGACGGCAGGAUCAGAUGGUGAAGGCGGUCGAGAGGUUGAAGAUGUAUUUGGAGAUUGAGAGGAAGCAUAAGGCUGAUUUGGAGAUGUAUGUUAUAAUAGCCGAGCCUCAUAGGCUUGCGCCUGCUCGACCCGAGCCGUUACCGCCUCUGCAAUCAUUUUCUGUAGCUCGAUCCGAGUGA